AUGCCCGCAUUGGGCAUUCUUUCCAAUUCCCUUGCAACACCCACGCAACUCGCAACUUCGUCCUCUUCCCUUGACGGGAUUCCCGCCGACCUUGAGACGUCGAUUCGUUAUGCUGGUGUGAGAUUGACUCAAGCCGCUGGCGUGCUGCUUCGACUCCCGCAAGACAUUAUUUCUCAGGCCAUUGUGUUCUUUACAAGGUUCUGGAUUGGUCCAGAGGGAGGGAGUCUGGCCAUACAUGGUGCGAAGUCCUCACCGUUGCGCUUUGUCAAUCCCGCAGGGCCACCGCCCAGGGCAGACCCAGAAAACUACUAUGUUUCUGAAGGAACAUACCAGUCUGAACGUGUUGCGCUCAUGAAAAUGGAAUCCGCUAUCCUCCGCACGCUUGGUUUUGACACCCAUGUCGCCAUCCCGCACCCUAUCGCUUUCACAUAUCUCCAGACCCUUGGCUCAUCGACCCCCGCUGCUGUGAAGCGUACAAUCGAGCACCUUAAUACUGCCUUACUUUCUCCACAACUACUAUAUGUAACACAUCAGCCAAAUGCAAUCGCCGUGGCGGCAAUAUACCUAGCUGCAAGGGAGACUGGGGUGAAACUGGUAGACUGUGAGUGGUGGGAAGUAUUCGACGUUGAUAGAGAGGAGCUGGGUUUCCUGGUCGUCGCGAUGAGAAGCAUGGAAGCAUUCGCGCAAGCGGAAGAAGAGAAGUGGAAUGGAAGACCGCUGCCGCUGACUGUGGCGGAUGUGCAGAGGGAAAUUGAGAGAAGGAAAAUAAUGGAAGAAGAGGGAUGA